CACGGAUCAGAUCAGACGACUCAGAUCCAAUUAUUUUUCACAUUCGAUCACGUCAGCAAGAUCUAACAAACUGCAGACAUGUAAAUGUUGUCGGAAUCAUUUAACGACACGUGGCAAUAUAAGAGUAUAUAGAUUUCGUGGGAUCCACCCACUGAUUUGUCUCUUUAUCACACGCUCGGAUGUUCAGUCCAGUUACUAAGUGGGCCUUGAGGCUAUGUUAGUUCGGCCCAAUUAGCUUAAACCCAAUUUAAUUCCUGAAAACGUAGAAAUUUUUUGGAAGGACUCAGCGAAGUAACACGAGUAUGACGAGCCGCCGCAAGAGAGACCAAACCUACACGUACAGCACAACACCGGCGCGAAUUUCAAAACGCCGGCGACCAUGGGCACCUCCGUCAUCGGAACAAGAUGAGAUCAUCGAUAAACCGACCAGAAAACCUCCGCCGCCACCUGCGCUGGUAGUUAUGGGACUUCCCGCCAACUGUUCAGUUUUAGAACUGAAAUCUCGAUUCGAGAUCUACGGUUCAAUCUCCAGAAUCCGAAUCGACAAAGACGGGUACGGAUCCGUUUCAUACCGCACCGCCGAGUCAGCAGAAGCUGCCAUUGCUGGUAGCCACGAGCCUUCUUUUGGUAUCUCAAUCGAUUCAAAAAAGCUGCAGGUGGUUUGGGCGACGGAUCCGUUGGUGAAGUGGAGGGAAGGUGUGACGGUGGGAGAAGGAAAGGAUAAAACGACACCGUCUCUGUCGUCUUCGUCUAAGCUUGUUAGGCCUGUGAUGCCACUAAGAAAACAUGGGAGAAGUAAUAGAUUAGCAUCAGCUAUAGUGAACCCGAGAAGUAAUAAUAUUAACGACGGAGAGAUCAUCGGUGGUGGAACUCCGGCGAGGAUAAGGGAAAUUAAACAGAGAGAUAUUGUAGCUUACGAUGAUAUUCUUUAACAGGAUCCAAGUACCAAAUUGUAGUAACUUUGUAUUUUGGGAGUUCUGAUAAAAGUUUGAUUCUUUGAAAAUGUGUGUAUGUUAUAUGAAUUUAGCAAACGCUCUUGUUAAUCGCAUGUGUGUAAAGUUUGGUUCUUUACUUUAUAAAUGAGUUGAGUUCUGUUUUUUU